AUGUCUGCUAGAUCGGCAAAGGGUCGUGCAGACUUGGUUGAGGUGAAGGAGAGGAACGCCGAGCUGGAGUCCCAGGUCGCCGAGCUCAAGGGCAUUCUUGCUCUUAAGGAGAGUGGCCUUGAGCGGAGUGAAGCCGAUCUUGCCUUGGCUCGUUUGGAUGCCGACUCUCGUGGUGCUGAGAAUGAGAGGCUGAAGUCGAAGAUUGCCAGCUUGAAAGGCGAUCGGCGGAUGAAGCCAAGAGGACGGAGUCGCUCUGGAGGUUCGUCAGGCGAAGAGGGAGACGGUCGAUAUCUUCUGGCCUCGUUUGAAGAAGUGCCGGUUGAUGUGGAGCAAGUUGAGGCGGAGAUCGGUCAGGAGGAGGUGGUGACGGCGAACAAGCUCGAGUCGGAGUUCGGACCUCUGGCGGAUGAGGCUGCCAAACUGGACGCUGGUACUUCGGGUCAAUUCGUGCCGUCCGAGUAUUAA